GUGGUAGCUGUCUGGGCAGUUACCAUAUUUAAACAAGAGGAAUGACCAGAGAAACAGGAGAAUUAGUUAGCAAAACAGAGAGGAUUCUUCCAUCAGUUGAGGAGGUUGCAGGAGACUCUCUGUACAGGAUCAUACACUUCAUACAUUUAGCAUUUUUAUUUCAUUCAUUCAAAGAAAAAGGUUAUUUAAUUUAGAUUUAUUUAUUUUUUUGGAAGACUCCACAUUUGACAUUUUGCAAUUUACCUGUGUACACGGGAAGUCUGUGGUUCCCGGAGACGCAGUUGACUUGGAGAGAGAGAGAGAGAUAAACAUUAUUAAUGAUUAUAGACAAAAGCAUCACUUUUUAAAGUUGCAUCAUGCCAUGUUACAUUUCAGUGUGUUUGUACAUUUGGUUGGGGUUGUUACCUGGCCGGACAAGUACAGCCGUGAAUGAAGACAUCGAAGUAUUGGUGAUGUUACCAAAAAAUAACUCUUAUAUGUUCUCAAUAGCGAGAGUGGCCCCGGCAAUAGAGUAUGCAAAACAGAGGUUGAAAAUCGGAGGUGGUCUGUAUUCCGGACUUCAUUUCAAUUUGCGCUAUGAGGAUUCAAACUGUGGAAAUGAUGCGCUCUUCUCCCUGGUGGACCGCUCCUGCGAGAAGAAACCGGACUUGGUUCUCGGUCCGGUGUGUGAAUACGCCGCGGCGCCGGUGGUAAGGAUGGCAUCUCACUGGAACAUCCCGGUAAUAUCGACAGGUGCUCUGGCCAGCGGUUUCAGUGACAAAGAGAAAGAAUAUUCUCACCUGACCCGAAUCUCUCCGUCUUACCUGAAAAUGGCUGAAAUAUUCUCGGCGAUGUUCCGUCACUUCAACUGGAAAGACGCGCUGCUGAUCUUCGAUGACGACAAAGAGGAGAGAAAUUGUUUCUUCACUCUGGAAGGGGUGCACCUCAAACUCAUGGAGGAAUAUCAUACGGUCCACAUAGCAAUCGACACUAAAGAAGAGGGCCUGAACGCAGAUGACAUCAUCAACUACAUAUACGACAGUGAAGUUGUUAUCAUGUGUGCGGGAGCAGACGUUGUCCGAGACAUCAUGCUAGCAGUUCACAGAAGGAGGCUGACCAACGGCAGCUACAUUUUCUUCAACAUCGAACUCUUCAACUCCUCGUCCUACGGCAAUGGCUCGUGGAAGCGAGGGGAUAGGUACGACAGUGAGGCGCGACAGGCGUACUCUGCCCUCAACACGGUCACGCUGCUCCGGACGGUCAAACCUGAGUUUGAGAACUUCUCCCUGGAGGUCAAGAGAUCCAUUCAGAAGGCUGGACUACUGGACUGUGACGACUGUGACAAUAUCAACAUGUUUGUGGAAGGGUUCCAUGAUGCAUUGCUGCUGUACGCUCUGGCGUUGCACGAAGCCAUAAGGAACGGCCUCACCAAGAAGGACGGAGCAGAUAUCACCUAUCGCAUGUGGAACAGAACAUUUGAUGGCAUCGCGGGCCAGGUGUCUAUGGACUUCAACGGGGACAGAUACGGAGACUUCUCUGUGAUGAGCAUGACCAACACAGAGGCAGGCACCUAUGAGACGGUGUGUAACUACUUUGGUGUGAACGAGAGUUUCCAGAUGCUUCCAGUGUUCAACCCUGAACUCUUCACACUGAAAGGACGGCACAGAGUGCACCACACAGACCAGCCAGACAAAUCAUCAGGUGGUCUAGGAGUUUCUGCUCUUACUGGGAUCAUAGUGGGAGCCCUGCUGGGAACUGCCCUGCUCAUGGCCUUAUACUUCAUCAGGAAGAACUACACCAUAACCAUCGAGAGACGCACAGCCAGGGAGGAGCGUGACAUGGGGAAACAUCGUCAGUUACGAGAAGACUCUGUCAGGUCGAACUUCUCGGCGGCGUAGAGCAUCGCUGCGUUCGUCUGCGGCUCCCCGAAGGUUCCGUUCCAGCGAAGCAUCAUGGGAAUGUGACCAAAGACUCGACACACUGUACCCUGUUGUCAGAGUACUCGUGCUAUUUAAAGAAAGACAUAGUGUCAUUGUUGUUGUUGUUGUUGUUGUGUGUUUUACCGUUUUUUUUUUUUUUAAUUUCAUCAACUCAGGAAAGUUAGCUGUCACAAAGCGCCACUUGCGUCUCAUCUCUGCAGAAAGAUAUAAGUGUAUAUUCUCCCCUUAAGAGGGGCCAGCACGGAAGAAUUUAUAGUCUGCGCAAAAUUGCUUUUAGUAAUUAUCAAGACCUUACUAGUAUUACACUGCGCAAUUGUCAAUGUACAGAAUCGUGGGUGUGAAUGUAUUCAGAUAAUGGACGCUGUUGUGUCACGAGACUUUGGAAAAGUUUUGACCUGUUUGUCAGUAAAAAAAAAAGCAUUUGUUCUCCACCCUGCUGUGUUUUAGUCAAACCUGAGGUAACUGGGUUAGGCCAGGUGAAUGGGUUAGGCCGGGUCAGAGGUAACUGGGUUAGGCCAGGUGACUGGGUUAGGCCGGGUCAGAGGUAACUGGGUUAGGCCGGGUAAGAGGUAACUGGGUUAGGCCAGGUCAGAGGUAACUGGGUUAGACCGGGUCAGAGGUAACUGGGUUAGGCCAAGUGAGAGGUAACUGGGUUAGGCCAGGUCAGAGGUAACUGGGUUAGGCCAGGUGAGAGGUAGGCCAGGUCAGAGGUAACUGGGUUAGGCCAGGUCAGAGGUAACUGGGUUAGGCCGGGUCAGAGGUAACUGGGUUAGGCCAGGUGAGAGGUUACUGGGUUAGGCCAGGUAAGGGGUAGGCCAGGUCAGAGGUAACUGGGUUAGGCCAGGUGAAAGGUAACUGGGUUAGGCCAGGUCAGAGGUAACUGGGUUAGGCCGGGUCAGAGGUAACUGGGUUAGGCCGGGUCAGAGGUAACUGGGUUAGGCCAGGUGAGAGGUAACUGGGUUAGGCCAGGUCAGAGGUAACUGGGUUAGGCCAGGUGAGAGGUAGGCCAGGUCAGAGGUAACUGGGUUAGGCCAGGUCAGAGGUAACUGGGUUAGGCCGGGUCAGAGGUAACUGGGUUAGGCCAGGUGAGAGGUUACUGGGUUAGGCCAGGUAAGGGGUAGGCCAGGUCAGAGGUAACUGGGUUAGGCCAGGUGAAAGGUAACUGGGUUAGGCCAGGUCAGAGGUAACUGGGUUAGGCCGGGUCAGAGGUAACUGGGUUAGGCCGGGUCAGAGGUAACUGGGUUAGGCCAGGUGAGAGGUAACUGGGUUAGGCCAGGUCAGAGGUAACUGGGUUAGGCCAGGUCAGAGGUAACUGGGUUAGGCCAGGUCAGAGAUAACUGGGUUAGACCAGGUGAGAGGUAACUGGGUUAGGCCAGGUCAGAGAUAACUGGGUUAGGCCAGGUCGGAGAUAACUGGGUUAGGCCAGGUCAGAGGUAACUGGGUUAGGCCAGGUGAGGGGUAACUGGGUUAGGCCAGGUGGGAGGUAACUGGGUUAGGCCAGGUCAGAGGUAACUGGGUUAGGCCAGGUCAGAGGUAACUGGGUUAGGCCAGGUCAGAGGUAACUGGGUUAGGCCAGGUGGGAGGUAACUGGGUUAGGCCAGGUCAGAGGUAACUGGGUUAGGCCAGGUCAGAGGUAGGCCAGGUCAGAGGUAACUGGGUUAGGCCAGGUCAGAGGUAACUGGGUUAGGCCAGGUCAGAGGUUACUGGGUUAGGCCAGGUCAGAGGUUACUGGGUUAGGCCAGGUCAGAGGUUACUGGGUUAGGCCAGGUAACUGGGUUCGGCCAGGUCAGAGAUAACUAGGUUAGGCCAGGUCAGAGGUUACUGGGUUAGGCCAGGUCAGAGGUAACUGGGUUAGGCCAGGUCAGAGGUAACUGGGUUCGGCCAGGUCAGAGGUAGGCCAGGUCAGAGAUAACUGGGUUAGGCCAGGUCAGAGGUAUCUGGGUUAGGCCGGGUCAGAGAUAACUGGGUUAGGCCAGGUCAGAGAUGGAUGGCACAUGCAUCUCACUUCAGUACACUUUACUGACCAGCGAUCACGUAAAAUAGGGUCUAUCAACGAAGGCUUUGCAGCUAAAACAAUGAACUUGUUUGGAAUGGACUCUAGGUAUGCUGGUCCAGAGAUAUGUUUACAGAGUUUCUUCAUUAUUAGUACAGUACUCAGAGUUGAUAUUUACAUAAUAAUGAGGAAUUCCCCUUGACCAUUGGGGGAAACAAACAUUAUUUUCUAUUGACCCGCAGUUUAAAAAGAGCCAACCUCGUCGUUGAUUUUUUUUAUUUUUUGUUAUACAGAAAUAAUAAAUUAACAAUUCAUGCCGUAAA